CCGUCAAAUGCAGCAGUGAGGAGCCCGCGCGAGACACUGGCAUGCACCUCGCCUCCAAGCUGCCCGCAUCAACCCUGUGUCGGACUGCUCUUGCUGUUGUGGCGUUUGUGGCCGCCUUCGCCUUCAUCCUGGUGAGCUACUUCGGCGGCGGCUCGUCGACGCGCCUCUCGUACCGCUGGGUGCGCCUGCAGCCUUCCGCUCGCCGGACUGCGCCCCAGGCCCGGCCCGCCAACGGCAGCACGGCACGCGUCUUCGACAUGGACGGCUCGGACGUGAUCGUGUUCCUGCAGAUCCAGAACGCCGGCGCCAACUUCUUGGAGCGCCGGCUCAUCGAAGACCUGGACCUAGCGCGGCCGUGCGUCUGCCGCAGGGGCAGGAAGCUGUGCCGCUGCCGCCGGCCCCACAGGGCGGGCUCGUGGCUCUUCAGCCGCUACACGCUGGGCUGGAAGUGCGGAGUGCACCCGGACUGGACCGAGCUCGUCGGCUGCGUCGACCGGGUGCUCGACGAGGACGAAGGGAGCCCCGUUAAGCGGAGGUACUUCUACAUCACGGUGCUGCGGGACCCCGUGACUCGGUUCCGCAGCGAGUGGCGCCGCUUCCACCAGAACCGGGGCUGGCACGGGGCACGGCCGCACCCCUGUUCCGACGACUCGCCAGCGGACGCCCCCACAUGCUUCGAGGCCCGCCGGCCGGACAACGUCUCCUGGGCCGAGUUCCUGGCGUGCCCGGCCAACCCGGCCCUCAACCGGCAGACGCACAUGCUCGCUGACCACGGCCUGGUUGACGGCUGCACCCGCAACGGCUCCGUGGAUGAGCCGCUGGCCGGCGGCGACCGCGACACGGUCUUGCUGGCCAGCGCCAAGCGCAACCUGCGCCGCAUGGCCUUCUUUGGCCUGGCCGAGUUUCCCCGGCUCUCGCAGAGCCUCUUCGAGGCCACCUUUGGCGUCCGGUUUCGGCGGACAACAGUGCGGCAGCGGGGGUUCCUACGGAGCCGCUGGAAGGGGCGGCCGCGGGGUCCCCGUGGGGAUGCAGAGGCCGUCGCGUCUGCCAACGUCCUGGACGUGCGAUUGUAUGGCUACGCCAAGGAACUGCUCUUCUCACGGUUCCGUGCCCUCAAGGAGUCUAACCCCGACGCGGAGGAGGACAAAGCGGCGGGCGAAGGGAACUGGGCCGAGGAAGAAGACUUCUUCGACAACCUUUAGGUGCGGCCGAGUGCCUCACUACGGCGUUCGUAAAGCGUCUCCGACCGGUUUGCAUACUGCGUCCUCGAAUGUGGUCCCUCGACUUCGGCCCGGCAGCGUCGUACGAGCGUUGCACUGACCCCCACCAGGAUCCUGGCAGUAGUACGGCAGCGAAAGGGGAUGUGGCAGGCGCCGUUUUAGCCGUAGGAUGCUCUCUAACUUGACAGUGCACGGAUGCUUUGGCAGCCAGAAGUUGGGGCGCCAUGACGAUGGCGACUCGCAUUCGCUCAUACUUUUUGCCACGACUUCUGUGACCAACUGCCAGGAUCACAACGACGUCGCAUGCCAGCCUUUGUGACACCAUUUGCUGCCACUUUGGGACCACUUUCGGCGUGUGGUGGGUGAUGUAGGACGCCAAACGUACCAGUCCAAGACGUGAUCCUUGCAUCGUAGCCCACCGUGGAAAGAGGGGGACGCUUUCCAUGGCCCCUCUCGCCUCCCGUUCACUCCUGGGCCCGCCCGUUCGUUGGUUUGUUGUCAUAUUUGCCCUCUCCGAUGUCUUCUAACAGUGCCUUUUCUAAAGAAGGGAAUUGCUAAGUUAUAUCUUUGCAAGUUUCGAUAGUUGGCUUGGGUUGUUUUUUUUUAAUCGGCCUCCCGGUGUAUUUUUUGCAGUAUACGAGCUUUUGCGAGGCCGCUGCAAAUUGAGAAGGUGUCGUCUCGAACCCGCAUCGUCCCCACGCCACGUCCGGUGUCAACGCUCCCUAUUGGGCGAGUGGUCAAAGUGUGUCGUACGGUGAAGAGGAGGAACGAGGUUGAGUUGAGCUGGGCCUCCAUUGGUGCACUCGAGAAAUGGGCAACUUUUUUUGCGCAUUUCUUACGCUAUUUGCAAGAUUGAUAGUCUAAUUUGUUGUGGCACGCUGAUUCCCCCAUUUAUGUGUGUGCGAUCGGACUUCCCAGUGUGAUGGUGAGGAUCGCUGUGUUUUGCUCGUACGAAGUGUGCACCUGCCCACGCCUUCAAACUUUCAGCAAGACUCCUGAUAGGUAGCUGGCAAACACAUGCAUGUGUUUUUAUAUAUGGCAUUUGUAGACACGUAUUUAGGGCUCCCGAUUUGUGUGGGUGCAUCAAAGAUGGUUGUUUUGUAAAUAUGCCAGCAAUGCAUUUCUGGCCACUUAUACUAGUAUAUUUUUACCCUCUUAUGUAGAGGUGUGCGAAUAUUUGGAACAGAAUAAUUCGUAAGGCUGUUGGAUUUGCAGGGCUGCUGGAUUAUAUUUUCAAGGCUGUUGGAUUAUAUUUUCAAAUAUUGAAUAUUUGAAAAUUUUAAUUAAUGUCUUCAAAACUCCACUUAUUUCUCGAAUCGAGCUUCACCGUUUGGACCAGUGCUGUCACGUCGGGCUUUGCACUGGCGCUUGUCCAUCAAGCUUCAUUGCCUUGCACCGGCGUGGUCGGAGAAGCGGCUCACAUGGAAGCGCAUCUUGAUUAGCUCGAUGAUCUUGGAAAAUUUUCUUACUAUUGUAGAUUGAUUUGAAUGUAUCAAUCUAUAGUUGGUUUUACUUCAUGCGCGAGCGAAGCUGAAGCUACAAGCAUGAGCAUGUUGCCCUAUACAGUGCUUUCACCGCACGAGCGCGCAAGCUUGGCUGGGAUGUCGAAAGCUCGGAGCUCACACUUGUUGCUUCUGCCACGCUAGCGCUUAAAGGCUGACGUACACUGCACUUUCCCGUUUUGCCCGCUUCCUUCUGAUAUCCUCUCCACACUUUACCUUGCCCAACUUGUUUCCCCCUCGUAGCUUAGGAGAGGGGAGUGCUAAGAAGAUUAUCUUCCCUGCAGAAAACCGAGGUUGUAUGUCAGCCUUUAAAGAGAAACGGAAUAUAACAGUGAGACGAGCCAACCACACCGUUGUUUAACUACGGUUGUACAUAGCGUGCGCUUAGAAGCCUCAAGGCCCCAAGGUACUAUUGGCAAAACAAAUUUCAGCCACAGUGUAUUACACUAUCCAGGCUCGAUUUACGCAAAAUAUAUUUCAAAAUAUCUCAUUUGAUUGGCACUAAAU